CAACCUAAUAACAUACGAAGUAUAGGGGCCAACAUCUAUCACAAAGUGAGAGUGAGUGUCAUCGAGAAGGAGCCGGAUCGUGGACAAAAAGAAUCCUCAAAUCGAUUGCAGGGGUUAACAAACCCCAGGACUACUACUGCCACAAUGUUGAAAGCGGAAUAUGAAGCGUUAUUUAACCAUGGGGGGCUGAAGAGGAUUAUCAUCAGUCGAAAUCGCGCCAAAUAUGCUCUCAUCUUCGUCCUCCUCGCAACCUCUGGUCUCAUGUUCCUGCUGCGCAACAUUCUCACUCUGGAGAAGCUGAGGUGGCGGAACAGCAGCCACACAGCCUUCCCCCAGAUGAGGUCCGCCCCUCCGUACCAAGCCCACACCUUCUGCAGCCACAUGUCCCGGGAGCCCACCCCCGAUGAAGCCCUGGAGGAUCGAUACCUCCUCAAAGCCAUCGCCUGGCCCAAGCUCCCCGCCCGCCCCGCCCCUGCGCCCCUCAACCAGACCAGCGACCCUGUGCACAGCCUGUUCACCAUCCUGCCCUCAAAGGGCCAGAAGGAGUGGCAUGUUGGGGACCAGCUGGAGGCCCUGGUCCAGAUGAACGACUUCCAGGGCAGUCCCAAGCGCUACGGCGGGGACUUCCUGGUGGCCCGGCUCCACUCCCCGGACCUUGGGGCCGGGGUGGCGGGUAAGGUAGUGGAUCACCUCAAUGGCUCCUACUCGGCACUGUUUCCCCUGCUGUGGGGGGGCUCGGCCCAGGUGCAGAUCACCAUGGUGCACUCCAGUGAGGCUGUGGCCGUGCUGCAGCGGCUCCGCGAGGAGCGGCCCAACCGGGUCUUCUUCAAGAGUCUGUUCCGCUCGGGCAAUCUGUCCGAGACCACCACGUGCAUCCCGUGCCUGCCACUCAACUACCCGCAGCAACCCCUGUGCAAUUACACCAACCUCCACACAGGGGAGCCCUGGUACUGCUUGAAGCCUAAGCUGCUGAGCUGUGACACCAGGAUCAAGCACGCCUUUGGUGGCUACGAGAAUCCCCUCUUCACCAACAAAGAAGCGCGGCUAUUUCAGAGCCGUGUAAACAUCAAAGUUGUCAUCCAUGCGUCAGGACCAGAUCGUAUCAACGUGUCAAAGAUAGAUGAAACAGAGUUAGAAAACAGCACCAUCAAACCAGAGCCGGACAAGUACACCCCUUCUGGCUAUUACUACAAAGGCACUUGGAGGCCCCUCGGUGGAACUUCUGUUCGCCAGUUUAACGACCCCUCGUCCAUCACGCAGUGCCUUACUGGCAAGGUGAUCCAUAUGUACGGAGACUCCACGAUGAGGCAGUGGUAUGAGUACCUCAGCGCAUUCAUACCAGAUUUCAACCUGCACCGUUCAAAGUUGGGGCCCUUGAUGGCGGUGGACUUUAAACACAACAUCCUGAUGAACUACCGCUGUCACGGUCCGCCCAUCAGAAUCUUGCCUGUCAGCACCAGCGAGCUACGCUACGUCGCCAAUGAGGUGGACGGCCUGGCCGGAGGCCCCGACACCGUGGUGGUCUUCAGCAUCUGGGCCCACUUCACAUCCUUCCCCAUUGAGGUCUACAUACGCCGCAUGCGGCAUAUCCGCCAGGCGCUAGUACGGCUCCUGGACCGGGGCCCCGGAACCCUCGUGAUAAUCCGGUCGGCUAACUUUGUGGCCAUGGACCAGACGACGAGCAAGCACAGCAGCGACUGGUUCUCGCUGCAGAUCGACAAGGUUCUCAGGACCAUGUUCAAGGGCCUGGCUGCUGUGUUUGUGGAUGCCUGGGAGAUGACCUUAGCCCAUCAUAGCCCCCACAACAUCCACCCGCCCCCACCCAUCAUCAAGAACAUGGUGGAUCUCAUCCUGUCUCGUGUGUGCCCUGACAAGAAGAAGAGCUAAUGGAAAACAAAGAAGGGGGGGGGGAGUAGUUGAUUCAGAUUCAUGUGAUUGAGGAGCAGGUAGGCGUUAAGCACCUUGCUAAAGGAUGCCUACAGGUAGUCUCAGGACUUUGGAGAUCGAACCCAGUAUCUAUUCACACCCUAGCCAUUACAGUUUGGCCCCCCAGCUGACAAAAUGAUUGAAAAUCAUUUGGUAUUUUCUAGUAACCUCAUGUUGUUUGUUCACUAUUUAAAUUGUUAAUUGUAAUUGUUUUCGACCGAGACAGUUGAGGCCACCCAUGCGCUGUGGCGAUGGGUUUUGGGGUUGUCGGGACGCCUCACCCCUAAGGUGGGGGCUGUGCAGCGACUGUGGGCGUGGUCGCCAUGUUCAGUGUGCCGCAAGGGAUCCUGGGGGGUUUUGACUCUCGCAAGUUGGACCCUUGGCGCCCUCCUUGGUCCUUUGCGGCAGACAUUGUGUGGGGUUAAAGGGUUGGGGUAUGCCUAGGUGGCAGAGUAAUUGUGUUGGUGUAAUUGUUUCCAACAUCGUCACUGAGACGUCAUGUUAAUUGGUUAUGUGGAGUGUGUGUGUUUUAGAAAGGCAACUCGCAGGCAUGCGGUGUAUGGGGCACAAGAGUUGUAUAACUGCUUAACCUGGGCUCCCUUCUCGUCCUUCCCAUGCUGCUCACAAUAAUUUUCUUCUGAAUUGAUAGCUGUGACGACCUCACCACACACUCACACACAUGCUUACACUACUGAUUAAUGACAUUUAUAUAUAUUCUGUUGUUUAUAGUCUUGGGUUGUGAAUAAAUGUUUAAGAUAAUUUCACUCUAUAGUCUGGUCUCCCAUCUUUGCCACAGUCAAGAGCCGGGCUGUGAUAUGAUAUGGAUUAAGAACACUUAACAUGAGGAUGAUCGUGGGCUUACUCCAGCCGUUCCGAUAUUCUAUUCUGCUGCCAUAUCAAUUCCUGGCCCGGCCCUUGGCAUAGGCAGUAUAGGCGAACUCUACGGGCGCAUCCAUCCGCAGGGGCCGCCUGUGUUCAUCUAACUUUAACUCCAAUUUUUAUGUUUCUUAAUACCAGUAGUUAUGUCGAAAUAAAUAUCAGACAACAU